CGAAAAUUGAAUACGUCGAUGGGGGAGAGUUUGCAAAAAUGGGCUUUGCGGUAAGCGCUCAUUCUGUGACACAGCCACUGACGCUAGUCAAAUGCCUCUUAUUAGCAGUCCACCAACUUGCUGGGGUUAAGCUUGAAGCUUGCCAGGCCUCAUUUUCAUGGUUCUAUACCUACAGGCGAUCCUGAACUGGCUAGGCUUCCUGUUCAAGACAACUGCACCACACAUACGGUUCAUCGUACACCAAUGUAUCCUCCGCAUCCGCAAGUUGCUAGGCAUCCGUGCUGUGCAGUCUGGUUUGCGAACAUUUUUGAGCCGUCCCCUUGCAUACCAUCAGAGGAUUUCGCCAAAGCACAGCAAUGAACCAGAGACAGCUGUUUUUACAGCUGCGAGCAUCAUCCAUCCAGUCCCUACGCCAGUGAACGGUCCAAGUCAGACCUUACCUCUCCAGGUAAACCAGCUUCAAGUUCAGGUCAAUCAGGAUCCUGCUCAAGGACCCUGCACUUCCAUCGAUUCCCGGUCACCAUCUACGUUGUCAAUGGAAUGGGAUCCUAGCAAGUUCAAACCGUUGGCUCCGCAGCUUUGCCAGACUCGGAGAUAUAAGGGAAGGGUACUCGUGAGUGAUAGCGAGACCAAGCCUAUCCCAGCCAAAAAGAAGGAUUUUUCGGAAAAGCCUGUCGACGGUUGGGAAAGUGUCGUACAUCCGGAGGGAGCAUUGUACUUCUACGACGCCACUCGGCACGUUUUUACGGACGCAAAUCUGAGAAGCAGAAAGCUUCUCAAGGUCAUCAACCAUCUGACUCACCAGCUACUAUCGAAAGCCAGGGACAUUAUCGAUGACUCCACACAUCUCGUUCUGGAGUUGCAAGUGAAAGAAGACGCAUGCAAUUAUUACUUCGUGCAGCACGACAAACGGCUCUUGUUCUGGCUGCAGGAUUUCGAUGAACCUAUAUGCAUCUACGAACAUGUCAAGGGUGUCAAAUCGGAUACUCACAUCAAGAUUGCCCUCGAGGCACAAUAUUGGAUGCACUGUGAAUUAUACCCGAACAAUGCUCCCAUCCAACAUCAGAUUGCCAUAGAACUGAAGCAUGUUCUUCUUCAUGCACACUCAGACUUUCUAACAUCCGAUACCUCUGUUGUUCCCUAUGAUCUCUCCACGCUACAAAGUAUGCUGGACCUUUCAAACCAUCUGGUGGAAUACGUAAAGCCUCUAACACCAUCUAGUGAUAAGUGUGUGGAGUUGCCCGCUCAUCUCAUGUGCGUACUAGCUCGCCUCAUGCGGUUGUUCGCUCGUUCAAAAUUCUUGAACUUCUAUGGGCAAGUCAGCGCGCGUCUCAACGCUGACCAGUCAGUCUACGAAGUUGAACAAAGUAGACAAAAAGGCACACUCCGACUGAGGUUUGCGAACGCCUUCCUCUGGGGCGCACCAGCUGCACAGUACAAAUUCCUGCAAAACACAUGGAUAGACAAUAUUUUGAACUAUCCUAAGUGGUCCAAGCACAUUAGCAGACUCAAUAGCGACUGGAGCAACGUUACCAUCUUUUCCACCGUGAUGUUGGCGGUUAACGUUGGUUUUCUGGCCGUUCCUGGGAUCAUCGGCGCAGCAGCCGUGGUCAUAUAUCUGUCGGCGAUGUGCUCCGUUAGUUCCUUGGUGGUAUCCAUGCUUCUCGCUGUCGAGUGCCGUGGAUGGGGCACAGACUCAGCUAAAGGCGCCGCAACGUUCAUGGCCCGAAUGGUUCAUACACAAUCAGAUGUUGAAGCGCUAGCGAUCAUGUACAGCCUUCCGUAUGCAUAUUUGAUCUGGGCAAUGUUCUGCUUUGUUACCGCUCUGGGCAUUUCUGUUUUCCACUCAACAAAUCCGGCAACACUGGUCGUUGUAGGCCUUUGCUGGGUUGCUGUUACUACGUUGACACUAUGGCCGGCGUGGUGGGGUAAAUUCAGUAUAGUGCCAUGGUCCGUUCCAUCCAGGGAGGGGGGACAGGUGGAGGAGAUUGUUUGAGCCCUUCGACACUGAACCCAUAUCUAGCAUCUU